GGGGGGGGGCAUCGUGAUUUCCAACUUCAGAGAUUUUGCUGAGCAUUUCAAAUAUUUCAUUUGAAUGUUUGAUUCUAUCCACCUGAAUGAACAAGUGGAGGUAGAAUCUGGGACCAAAUGCAGCUGCUGCUCCCCAGCUCUGAUCACUCCAUCUCCACAGGGCAUGGCCCAGGGUCUCCUCCGGAGCUUCCCUAAACAAGUUCUAUGGGAUUCCGGACCCAUCUUGUGAACACCUCCGGGGUGGAAUCUUACACCAGCUUGAGUGGGACCUUAACCUUCCUCAUCAUGCAGGGUGUGGCCCUGAGAAAACCCACCUGCUGCUGGCUCAUCAGGCAGGCUCAGUUCCCUUGUGUCCUUCAGAUGUGAUUCCUCUUCUAGCUUGAUACGAAUCAGAAAAUUGACAUCCCCAGAAAGAUUACAAGAGGCAGUGAACGAGAUUCACCCUUGUCUGACUGGUUUUAGGAAAUGGCCUGGUCCUUGAAGAGAACUGCCCUUUCUUGAAAGGUGUGGGUGCUUUUCUCCAGACUGGCCUACCAGCCCCAAACAGGUGGGUCCCUAGGCACUUUCUGUGGCUUGGCAGUCCUCCCUCCUACCUGUUGACCCAGAGCACAGCCACCACAAAACAACACAGUAUUCCCUCUUGGAGAGGUUGCACCUUGCCUCCAAGAUGAAGUCUGCAUGCUGGCAUCAAAUUGUAUCUGACGGAGACCUCGUUCCCUUCCUUCCACCUUUGCCCUCAUACUUUGCUGUGUGGCUUCCCUGGGUGAGGAUGCAUUAUGUAAGCCUGUAUCCAGGCCAAACCUUUCCAGAUGUGAACUUUUUGAUACAAGGUGGGGUUCUGUUAGAUGUUGCUAAAUAAACCAAAUGCCAAAAUGGUGUUAAUUGUGUAGUUCAUAACCCUGUGGACGGAUAAACCAUUACUCAACGGCAAGGGCGGGGGGGGGGGGAAGGGAGCGAAAGAGGGAGGGUGGGUGCUGGAGAUGGGAAAGCUUCAGAAAAAGGGAAAAAUAGAAAGGACAAAGAAAAAAAAAAAGGAAGCCGGGUCAAAGUAGAGAAAAGCUUAUAUCCCUCACGCAGAUCUUCUGAGGCUGUGAUACCAGACUUCCGUUUUAUUACUAGCACAGUAAGAAAUCUAUUUCAGUUCAUCACGCGGGACGCGCACACACGUACACACAGGUAUAAAAUAAAGUAGAAAAGAAAAUCGUGCGCAGCUAGCCACAAGCGUGGGAAACUGGCUCCUCCAGCACGGAUGUGGGGGGCUGGUGGGGGGCGCUGAAGCCCGGGUGCAGCCCGCCGCCCGCAGGGCCCCCGCGCGGGGGAGGAGGGAGGGCCGGGUGUCCGCGGGGGCGGCUCAGGCUCCCGGCCGCGGCUCCCCGGUGGCGGCUCGCCACACGGCGCGGGAUGGAGAUGGACGCGCAGGACCGUGUGGCGUCCUGGUGGGACAUGGUGGUGCGGAACCUGCGCUCAGGGCAAAGAGCAGAGAGCAGCUUUCGCCUGGCCCAGCAGUGUAGACCCACAUCCCCCUUCUGUGUUGGAUCUGAAUAUCUUUUCCACAUUCCUGUUCAACACUCGGAAGAAAAAUUGCCUCUCUGUACAACAGCUUUACUAGUAAACCAUUAAAAGAACACAUUUUUCCUCCUCUGAUGAAUAUGCUAAUAUUUUUUAAUUUUUUCAAAGCACCAUUUCUUGUGGAUUUAAAGAAACCGGAGUUAAAGAUUCCUCACACGGUGAACUUGUAUAUCAGAGUUGAACCUGGGGUGAUUCUGGGAAUCUGGCACACGGUUCCCAGCUGCCGGGGGGAAGAUGCUAAGGGGAAGGACCGUGGCUGGUAUGAAGCAGCCCUUCAUGACGGCAACCCAAUUAUUGUUUAUCUUCACGGCAGCGCAGAACACAGGGCAGCUCCUCACAGACUUGAGCUAGUAAAGAUGCUGAGCGAUGGUGGCUUUCAUGUCCUGUCUGUGGACUACAGAGGGUACGGGGACUCUACAGGUGAGCCCACAGAGGAGGGGCUGACCGCAGAUGCUGUUUGUGUCUAUGAGUGGACCAAGGCGAGAAGUGGUACCACGCCUGUGUGUCUCUGGGGCCACUCUCUGGGUACAGGAGUUGCAACAAAUGCUGCAAAAGCACUAGAAGAGAAAGGAUUCCCAGUUGAUGCUAUUAUCCUGGAGGCUCCAUUUACCAACAUAUGGGUUGCAAGUAUUAAUUAUCCCUUGUUAAAGAUUUACCGGAAACUUCCAGGAUUUUUACGUGCGCUUAUGGAUGCCCUGAGAAAAGACAAAAUAGUCUUCCCUAAUGAUGAAAAUGUUAAAUUCCUGUCUUCUCCCCUUCUCAUCAUACACGGUGAGGAUGACAGCACGGUGCCUUUGGAGUUUGGCAAAAAGCUCUAUGAAAUUGCACACAAUGCAUAUAGGAACAAAGAGAGGGUCAAGAUGGUGACCUUUCCCCCUGGUUUCCAACACAACUUCCUCUGUAGAAGCCCCACACUAAUAAACACUGUGAGCAAGGGCUGGAACAAUGUACCCAAGCAAGGAGGGCAUACAUUCAAGAUUUCCGAGAGUUCUCAAAAAACAUACCUGCUAUGCUGGCAAGAUGCCAGACCUACACACGUGAAUAUAAGAGCACCGGACUAACCUGGCCCUGAGAGUCAAAUGUGCGCAGCGGGACAUCGACUACCUGGAGUACCUGUGAGAAGCUGACGUGUGCGUGGAAUCAAGAGGACAAGACCCUGGCAGAAAAGCUCGUCCAAGAGGCGGAAGAAGAGAAGAAGAGAAGAAGAUCGGGACUCUGCUGAAUGCAAGUAAGACAACUGUGUCUCACGCUCAGAGACACAAACGAAGCACAGACAGGGGUCUGGCCAAGUAGGAGAGUAAGAACUAGAUGUGUGGUUUUGGGUGCAGGUAUUGGGAGAGAAACCUUAGCAGGAAACAGGUGUCUGAAGGAAAAGUCAGAUUGUGUUCUGUUGUUUAACCAAAUUUAGAAAAACAGAAAGAGAAACUUAUCCUGAAAUUAUAGUAUUAAUUUAUUCCUUAUACUAUUAUACUAUCAUGACCUAUUUUAGCUUCUAAUCUGCUAUUUCCCAUGUUGAAUAAAUUCAUCCUCAGAUAGAAAAAUCCUUUUUAAAUAGUCUUAUUUUUCUGAACUGUGAAGAACUCUACAUGGAUUAGCAGAAUAAAUUAUCAGUUUAAAAAGUCAACUAUAAAAUGGGUCUUGAUUCUUCUAAAAUAAAGUAUUUAUUCAUGGGGAAUAAUCCGCAAACCAACUUAAUUUAGCAUUACAGUACUGAAUUUCAGUCACAAUUUUGCCAACUAAAAGUAUUAACUUGCUCUUUACCAUUUCCUUUAAGCUUUUAAAGACUGGCCAGUAACAUAUCCUUCCCAGCCUGAGAUGAUAUUUAUUAAGCAAAUAUCUCAAGUAGAGCCUCCAAAGAUUGGACAAUGCAGUCUAGUAAUUAAUAGGGGUUAUUAAUCAGGAAGUAAGAAGACAGCAGAGCACAAAGCAUCACUGGGGGUGCUUAGAAGUGAAUUGGUCAGCUACAAGGUAAUGCUCAAAUCUAGUGGCAGGAUAAAUACCUAGCCAUGAAUUAAGUCCACUUGGAUGGACACCAGCAUGAUUUCUCUAGAAGUGAUUUUGCACAAAAUAAAAAUACAGUUUGCAAUAUUUUGUAUUAUUUUUCUUGACUUUGC